CGCUUCUCACCUGGCUGUGACCUAUUUCCUUUUGGCCGUGCCGCUCGGCUCCAGUAGUUUUCGUUUCAAACUUUUAUUUAUUAUUUCAAUGGAAACAUUUAUGGCUGGCUCGAGCUCUACAACGUUCUCUACCUCACUGCACAAGGCUCAUCUCUCCCUGUCUUUCAUUCAACGCUAACUUUCAGCAGACCAUAGGUGUCUUGCUGCACAACUCUACGGGGAACAAAGGAUUCGUGACCACAGCUUUCAAAAACAAUAGUAACGCUGAAAAUCCGGACCCAACAGGAUCGGCAGCGUGUAUCUAUCCUCACUUUUACCUCUACCACCACUGGCUGGUUGGUGCUUUCAUCGUUUCUCAUGUUCGCCCGUAUCGCCAGGUUGCGAUUCCUAGCAUUCCUUACUCUCUCUUCAUUGACAGCUGCUAGAGAUGAUUCUCUGUUCACUUCUUCCGUGACUUAUUGCUCACCACCAGAGACACUUCUCAUUCAGCAGUUUGACAUCGCAUAUUUUGCAAAGAAUCAGUCCAUAUGGUUCAAUAUUUCCGCAGCAAGUGUCGAUCCCAACGUCAAUGUGACCGCCAAUGUAAUGCUGAAUGUUUAUGGGAUGCAUCCAGUGAACUUUACUGUCGAUUUGUGCUCGCUGUUCAGUGGUGCCCUCUGCCCAUUGCCGAUGUAUAACUUCACCGGUUCCGACUCUAUCCCUCUACCAUCUUCCCUUGGUGUUUCCGACAAGAUCCCUAGCAUCGCUUUCCAAAUUCCGGAUCUUGAGGCAUAUGCACAAUUGUCCCUCACGGAAGUGAACACUGGAGUCCUUAAGGCCUGUGUUCAAGCAACCCUUUCUAAUGGCUGGUCAGCACAUCAAGUAGCUGUGGAAUGGGCAACUGGUGCACUCGCCCUACUCGCUCUUCUUUCUGCGCUUUGCUACUCGUUUACGCCGGGCGCCCUGGCACCCUUCCGUCUUUUCGAUCUUCUCUACCUAUAUCAAUGGACUGCAUCAACGGCACUCCUGGAUCUUAAUUAUUCCUCAGUCUAUCGGGCAUUCACGACCAACUUUGCAUGGGCCAUGUGUUUGUUUUCCGCGUCCGCGACCUCUCCCAUUCAGAUUUCCAUCAACAACAUGCGUCACCUCACUGGAGGCAACAUGGCCGAUGCCACUGGAGAUUCUGCAGUCGCUCUCGUGAACCGUAAACUUAGCCCAUACAAUGCCAUGGCUUCGUCAGCUUUUAUUGCUUCGAAUCCAUUCACGGCCAUUGAUGUAGAGAACCUUUGGUCGUCUUCCAACAUGACUUCCGCCAACCAUGUCUCGGACGUUUUGGCCGCCUCUGUUCAAGAACUCUCCACUGCUGGCGAUGUGCAGCUUGUGACACCCUCAUCCGCCAAUGUUCUCCAGGCCGGUGUACCUAUCUAUGUCAACUCUGUUGGCAUCGCCACGGCUAACUCAUUCAUGACCGUCUUCCUGGUCGUCUUGAUGAUUGCCGCAAUAUUGCUUGUAGUCCUCUUCAUCGGUUACUGCGUCCUUGCCGUUACAUUCCGGUAUGGACAACAGACAGAAGGUUACGUUGCUGAUUGGUAUCAUCGAUAUCCUUUAUAUGCCCACGCCUGGCUGUUGCGCAUCUGCCUGAUGGUAUUCACUCCAGUGACAAUAUUCGCGCUUUAUCAGUGGACGCUCAAGGACUCAUGGUUGUCCAUAUUCUUUUCAGUCAUUUUAUUCCUUGCGGUGGCUGGCUACAUCCUAUAUUCUAUCAUCCUCAUACAUCGUCUAGCCUUUCGUUCAACGCCGUCCGAACUGUGUACGCAACCUGAUCUCCUAGCUUCUCAUGGUCCUCUGUACGCCAUAUACCGCUCGGAGCGAUUUUACGCGACUACUCCCUUGAUAUUGGCUAUUUUCGUGAAGGCUCUCUUUAUCGCCUUUUCUCAAGCCAAUGGUGUCGUGCAACUCGUCGCAAUUCUCAUUGUUGAAUGCAUGGUCUUUGCCUCUCUAUUAGCGCUUCGGCCACACAAAUCAAGAGGUGCUGAUGUCCUCGCAAUUUACCUGGCGAUCACCAGAGUGCUCUGCACUGGCCUCAUGAUAGCUUUUUUGGAGAACCUAAACCUAGGGGCAAUACCUCGCGUUGUGGUUGGCAUUGUGAUAGCUGUUAUCAUUUCGAUUGCAAUCGUUGUCAUGUUUAUCAACACGCUCGUGAACACGGGUGUCAUGAGACUUGUCCGGGCAUACUAUAGACGGCGCCCGGGUGCCACACCUUGUGUUUUGGAUGCGGAGAAGGGCGUUGAAAUUGAGAAAGACUGGCGGCCACGGAAUCCCACGCCAGAGCGGAACAUCCCCCUGGAUCCUGAUGUCAAUCAACCAUAUCCCGACAGUCCUUCCCAGACUCUGACGGACCAUCACAGUCUCUAUUCAGAAGAGUCAGGGUCAACAACUCUAGGUUCACUGCUCCCACGGCGGUGGUCAAUCCAACAAUCCCACCCCUCAAAUCCUUCGCGUUCCAACUCUCAAUCUCAGUACUCAACGAGUCAAUCAAAUUAUUCACCCUCCCGUUCCAAUUACAUGUCAAAUGCAUCAUCACCUCGGCAGUCCGUGCCGCCUUCCCCGCUGCACACACAAUCACCAUCACAUAGCAGACAGCCCACUAUAGACGAAGACCCUCCAUUUCCGUAGACGUUAUUUUUUUCCUUUAAACCAUAUUCUAUAGAGUUAAAGCACUUUCGCCUUCUCGCAUUGCCUAUGAUGACCAUUCUUCAUCUGGUAUCAAUCACAUUCACGCACUCAUUUGGACAAAUCAUGUCGAUAGUUCAUUGAUUCCUUGUCAUCUUAUCCUUAUUUGCUUAAUGAUUAGUGUCAAUACAAGUAACAUAUUUUCGUGUAAUUUGGUCUUAGACAAAGCAGAUUGUUCGUAAAGUCGGUCCAACAAAUUUGAUCAAGGAUGACCGGUGACCAAUCAGCGCUGAAGUCGUUCAUGGACAAUUUCGUCAUAGGACAGCGCGUGUGUAGGCACAUGUAUGGUGGUUUUACCCCGCCAGAGUAGUGGUUGCCCUAUGAUAG